AUGUCGCUUACUGUCGCUGCGCUCGAAGCCCAAUCCCGUAAAAUUGCCGUCCUCCAUGCUUACAGACAUUUAUAUAGAACCGGCUUACAAACCAUACGGUAUUCCAGCCCUGCACGUCAUGUCCUCCUCUGGACCCUCCGGAAAUCGUUUCGAAACGGCACGUCAAAAGAGUUCAAUCCCCAGAGAAUUGUGAAUACACUCGAAUUUCUUCGACUGGCAUCUAGUUCCACCAGCACUGAGCACAAGAUCAUCAAGAAUCUUUUGCACGUCAGAUUCUGGCAGCAACCCCAAAAGCUUGCGUUGGGAGAUACCAAAUUUUUUGAUGCCCAAACCGGAGCACGUUCCCAGAUGAGGAGUGCAGCAUACAGGCCAUUCGAGAUGACUCUGAAGAUGCUUAAUGAAAGCCUUGGUCUCUGUCUUAAAUGA